CAAUGAUGUCUUGGGUGCGCAACGCGCUCAGCUCCACAGCGACCGUGAAGCCGUGCAGCAGAGCAGCUCGGCAGUCGUGUUACCUGAUAACAUCUCAAAUUCAAGCGAGGGGUCAAAUGCAGGUCUGUUACUCAGACUCCUCAGUCAGACCGAAAUCAACGUAAAACUGAUGGCUUGACAGGGUGGACAGAGACGCACGGGUUCUUCGCCGGGAUGGGUGGAUUCGUGCUCUACGUCAAUAAUAAACCAUGGGCCACUCUCACACCCGAUGAACUCCUCCGGUUUGUUCGCGCGGGAUCUGUGCAGAUGCCUAUCAUCACGAGGGCAGACAUAGAAGACCGAAGCAAGGGUGAUAUACUAUCCAGAUGUGUCACCAUUCUUCAGCUGGCGUGGUUCCUCAUCCAGAUCAUCGCCCGUUACACACAACACCUCCCCAGCACAUUACUUGAAAUCGACACUCUGGCUGUAGUUUGUCUGACCAUAGAUACUUAUGGUUUACUAUGGCUGCGGAAGCCGAAGGACGUACGACGUCCCCAUAUUGUUCAUUGGAACUCGAAUGUUCCUCCACCACACGACUGCUUAGCCAACGACAAAGGACAUAUUCCAAUGCUCCUGUGUCUACUAUCUAAUCACAAAAUUCGGCGGUCUAGUACCUCGGCUCAGAGUAUGACUACAUUCCUCGUUGGAGGUGUCAGCGGGGUGCUGUUUGCAGCGAUACAUGCCCUGGGCUGGAAUUUUUCGUUUCCGAGCCACGCCGAGCUGGUAUUGUGGCGUGUGGCUUUCGUUGGGAAGGCAUGUUUAUCGUUAACGAUGUGGACCCUCUGGUAUUUGGACGUGCAGCCAUCGGAGUACAAAGGAUUAUCGGGCAAAUUCUUAUAUUUUCUUUCCGCUCAUUUUAUGAAGAUUAUUGGAAUUCUCGGCAUGAUAUACGUUCUUGCACGUAUUACAAUAAUUACACUUAUUAUGCUAAGCUUACGAUCGCUACCUCAUGGUGUAUACGAUAUAGUAACUUGGCCCAAGGUUAUUCCACAUGUAGGUGUAUAGUUUCAUUACAUCGUUGUAGCAGGGUAUGAUAACUUGCUUGGGUCUUCGUCGAUGGCGGGUACUGAAAUCGGAAGUGCAAGUAG